AUGAUCCCCCCCGUAAGCGGCACCCCUCCGGGAGAGGCCCUCUUCCCCACCUUGGCGCCUCAGGACGUCUGGAGGUCUCAGAUCUCUGGCUACUCGGGAUCUGUGACUCGUCACAUCAGCCACCGGGCCAACAAUUUCAAGCGACACCCCAAGAGGAGGAAGUGCAUCCGUCCGUCUCCGCCCCCACCCCCCAACACUCCGUGUCCCAUUGAGCUAGUGGACUUUGGGGACCUGCACCCCCAGAGGUCCUUCCGGGAGCUGCUGUUCAACGGCUGUAUCCUCUUUGGUAUUGAGUUCAGCUAUGCCAUGGAGACCGCCUACGUGACCCCCGUGCUCCUCCAGAUGGGCCUGCCCGACCAGCUCUACAGCCUGGUGUGGUUCAUCAGCCCCAUCCUCGGGUUCCUGCUGCAGCCUCUGCUGGGUGCCUGGAGUGACCGAUGUACCUCAAGGUUGGGAAGGAGACGUCCUUUCAUUCUUGUCCUGGCUCUAGGGGCGUUGCUGGGCCUCUCGCUCUUGCUAAAUGGCAGGGACAUCGGCACUGCCUUGGCCGACACGGCCACCAAUCACAAGUGGGGGAUCCUCCUGACCGUGUGCGGGGUGGUGCUGAUGGACUUCAGUGCAGACUCGGCGGACAACCCCAGCCACGCCUACAUGAUGGACGUGUGUAGCCCAGUGGACCAGGACAGAGGCCUCAACAUCCAUGCCCUCCUGGCGGGUCUCGGAGGGGGGUUCGGAUACGUGGUCGGGGGAAUCCACUGGGACAGAACUGGCUUCGGGAGAGCCCUUGGGGGCCAGCUGCGCGUCAUCUACAUCUUCACUGCGGUCACCCUGAGCAUCACCACCGUGCUGACCCUGAUCAGCAUCCCAGAGAGGCCCCUGCGGCCCCUGGGUGAGAAGCGGACGGCCAUGAAGAGCCCCAGCCUCCCGCUGCCCCCCUCGCCCCCGCUGCUGUUGGAGGAGGGGGCCGGCGACGCCCUGCCCGCCCAGGCCACCAGCUUGUACGCCAGCUUCUCCAGCCCCAUCUCCCCGCCCAGCCCCCUCACGCCCAAGUACGGCAGCUUCAUCAGCAGGGACAGCUCCCUGACGGGCAUUAACGAGUUCGCCUCUUCCUUUGGCACCUCCAACAUCGACAGCGUCCUCAUCGACUGCUUCACGGGAGGCCACGACAACUACCUGGCCCUCCCUGGCAGCGUCCCCAGGCAGGCCAUCAGUGUCAGCUUCCCCCGGGCCCCAGACGGCUUCUACCACCAGGACCGGGGACUGCUGGAGAGGAGGGAGGGUGCUCUGACUUCCAGCUCAGACAGGGACGUGCUGAGGGUGGGCUCCCUGGACACCCCCAAGCCCAGGGCCUCCGGGAUUCUGAAGAGACCCCAGACGUUGGCUCUGCCGGAUGCAGCCGGAGGAGGCGGCCCCGAAACCAGCAGGAGAAGGAACGUGACCUUCAGCCAACAGGUAGCAAACAUCCUGCUCAACGGCGUGAAGUACGAGAGCCAGCUGACGGGCUCCAGCGAGCACUCGGAGCGGCCUCUGUCGCUGCGCAGCCUCUGCUUCACCAUCUGCCACAUGCCCAAGGCGCUGCGCAACCUCUGCGUCAACCACUUCCUGGGCUGGCUCUCCUUUGAGGGGAUGUUGCUCUUCUACACGGAUUUCAUGGGCGAGGUGGUGUUCCAAGGGGACCCCAAGGCCCCGCACACGUCAGAAGAGUAUCAGAAGUACAACAGCGGCGUGACCAUGGGCUGCUGGGGCAUGUGCAUCUACGCCUUCAGCGCGGCCCUCUACUCAGCCAUCCUGGAGAAGCUGGAGGAGUGUCUGAGCGUCCGCACCCUCUACUUCAUCGCCUAUCUCGCCUUCGGCUUGGGCACCGGGCUGGCCACGCUCUCCAGGAACCUCUACGUGGUCUUGUCCCUUUGCAUAACCUACGGGGUCCUGUUCUCCACCCUGUGCACGCUGCCCUACUCGCUCCUCUGCGACUACUACCAGAGCAAGAAGUUUGCAGGGUCCGGAGCGGAUGGCACGAGGCGGGGCAUGGGCGUGGACAUCUCUUUGCUAAGCUGCCAGUACUUCCUGGCCCAGAUCCUGGUCUCCCUGGUCCUGGGGCCCCUGACCUCGGCUGUGGGCAGCGCCAACGGCGUGAUGUACUUCUCCAGCCUGGUGUCCUUCCUGGGCUGCUUGUACUCCUCCCUGUUUGUCAUUUACGAGAUUCCUCCCAGUGACUCCGUCGAUGAGGAGCACCGGCCCCUCCUGCUGAACACCUGA